AUGUCAAAGGCAAAGACAACGCAUACUAUGGUGAAGCUCGUGUCAGCUGCUAAAACCGGAUACGAAAAAUGGUUCAAUAUCCCUAGACACACUCAAAAAUUGAAUUUAAUAUUAUAUGAUCCAAUCGCUAAAAGACAUUGCCUUUUCCAAGAGGACAAGAAAAGAAGAGUUCCUGAAGUUAUAGCUAAAGAUUAUAAUAGAAGACACCGUAUUUAA